AUGAAGGGACUCUUGCCUACCAGUGGCCUCCUUCUGCUAUUGUUGCUCCUAAUUCCAGAGCCUGGAGUGGCAUUGCCGCUGUCACCCAGCACUACCUGCUGUACUCAGCUCUACCGACAACCACUCUCCAACAAGCUACUGAGAAAGGUCAUCCAGGUGGAACUGCAAGAAGCUGAUGGAGACUGUCACCUACAGGCUUUCGUGCUUCACCUGGCUCGACGCAGUGUUUGCAUCCAUCCCCAAAACCGCAGCUUGGCUCGGUGGUUUGAGCGCCAAGGGAAAAGACUCCAGGGGACUCUCCCCAACUUGAAUCUGGGAUUGCAAGGGAAAAUGGCAUACAGCCCCCAACAGCCAAAAUAAUAA